AUGGAGGCCACCGAAGCAGUUUCGGUGACAAACUUGACCUAUUCCUACCACCCAGGAUCACCGCCAUCUCUGCUCGACAUCCAUUUGAAUCUGCCAAGGGGAUCGCGAACACUAAUCGUUGGUGCCAAUGGAGCUGGAAAGUCUACGCUGCUGCAGAUCCUCGCUGGGAAACGGCUGGUUAGCAUCGACGGCGCUGAUCUCAGGAUCAAGGGCAGGGAUGUAUUUCGCGACUCGCCACCGGGCGUCACAUACCUUGGGACCGAGUGGGCCAUGAAUCCCGUUGUCAGAGGCGACAUUGUAGUCUCGCAUUUCCUAGACAGCGUCGGUGGUUAUAGACAUAAGGAACGACGCGACCGCCUGCUGGAUAUCCUCGACAUUGACCUCGAUUGGCACAUGCACGCUAUAUCCGAUGGGGAACGCCGGCGGGUUCAACUGUGUUUUGGGUUGAUGAUAGAUUGGGAUGUUUUGCUUCUUGAUGAGGUCACCGUGGAUCUGGAUGUCCUUGUUAGGGACGAGCUACUCCAAUUUCUGAAAUCAGACAGUGAAGAACGCGGUGCAACGAUAUUAUAUGCUACACAUAUAUUUGAUGGGCUGGGAGGUUUCCCCACGCAUAUAGCGCACAUGCGCUUCGGGUCAUUCGUGACGCCGCCCACGCCUUGGCCCAUUGCCGACACGCCUACCCGGCCAGGCACCAGCUCGGCGUUGUACAACGUGGCCUUGGAGUGGAUUCGCGAAGACCGUGAACAUCGCCGUCAGCUUGAGAAAGAGGGCAUGAAGAAGAGAGGAGCUAGGAGGGAGCAGGCUGUGCCCUCGAACUCGGAAAUAUUCUAUCGCAAGUAUGAUUAUGCUCACUAA